GAUACAAAUAUGCCGAUGAGCAGCGCCAUUUUUGCUUAUGCGCGCCAGAUUUUGAACAACAGUUUUCGGCGACGUUUCGUGGAUUUAUUACACGAUGCCGCUCCUUUCUAAACGGAUUUUCAAUUGUGUUAAACCCUUGUCGGAUGUUAAACCAGAAGAAGAAAUAUAUACCAUUCCACAUACAAAGGAACAAUUUCGUUCUCAACUGGAAUAUGAGAAGCGUUUGCAUGUAUAUGAAAAAAGAAUCUGGACAUGCCAAAGCACUGGACAUGUAAAUCUCACUCACGAGGAGGCUUGGAAUUCAGAGAAGGCUGUACUUAAAACAUUGAAGGAACAGUUUGCACCAUGUUAUGACAAACCCGUUCUUGAACUUGUUCAUCACAGUGUAAAGUCAUUGGAUAUAUUAGUAGACGAAGCAUGGCUAAUGUUACAGCAAGUACUUGUUGUUGGAGAGAGAGUACUUCUUAAGGUCAAGGCUGGUGGAAAAUCGAUGAAAGCAGUGAUUGUGAAGGUUGACCCUGCAGGAUUUGAGGGAAAUCCAACUAGUAAUUGUAACUCGCCAUCAAGUGACAAAGAAAACAAGGACAGUAACCCUUCAUCGUCACCCAAAAAAUGGGUACCACCUAAGUUGCUACCAUAUAUGUACAGCAUUAGGUUCGAGAAUGAAGAUAGUGUUAUCCAUUCUGUUCCAGCAAAUGAUUUAAGUCGUGGUGACAAACCACCGUCAAAGGAACUGUUGCGGUUAUUUAUACGUACAUACACUGUCAGAUCGGGUUAUUCUCCUAACAGUCCAUGGAUUGUUGAUGAAGCCCAAGUAAAGAAAUUGGAUCUACAGAACAAAUAUGCUAGUUUUCUCUUAUCCCCAAUUAAGUGGAAACCUGAUGAAAUUGCCAAGAAAAUUAGGGAGGAGACAAAAGGUAUCAAGUCUACUGGCAAAGGUUCGUCAAGAAUAAAGUCAAAGAUGGAUGCCAAAGAGGAAAAACGUAAAGAAAAGGCAAAAAGAUCGAUCUCAAAAAUUGAAAAGAAAAGUGAAAAACUGAAACAACAGAAGGAAAAACAAUCGAAGAAAAAUGAAGUGGCAGAAUUAGAUUCUUCGGAUGAUUCCUCUGAUUUGGAAUCGGAAAAUGAGGAAGGGAAUGAAAAUAAAAGUGUAGUGACCGAGAUUAUUUCAGAUUCAGACUCAGAUACACCACUGUCAAAAGUAAAAUCUCAGUUGACUCCUCAGAAAAAAUCUAGUAAUACUAGUAGCCCAGUGAAAUCUGGGAAAAAUCGCAGUCUCUCGCAGACUUGCAGAAAAAUUAAAAAAGUAGUAAAUCGAAAAAGCCAAUGUCCUUUAGCUGACUUACAGAAGCAGUUGGAGAAGAAGAAAAUCAAGAAAGACAAGAAGAAGUCUAAAAAGGGGCAGGACCCCAAACAAUUGACAUUAAUAGACACUUUGAAGAAGAAAGGGAUGAAAACUCCUGAGAAGAAGAGUAAAAGUCCAUUGAAGACUCAGACAUCAUUGGAUAUGAAGAAGAAGCUAUUGAGUCCUUCCAAGACACCUAUCUGUAUUGAAAAGUUGCAGGCAGCAAUUAAAAAGAAAGAUAAUCCACUUAUUGGUAUGUACGCGUUACAAUCGGCAAAAUGUCUGAGUAAAACUCAGAGGGACAAUUUGAAAGGACUUUGUAAAGAACAUGUCAUGAAAAAAUACAACUUUUUACAGGAGAAGCGAAAAAUAGCUAAAAUGACUGAGGAGGAAAAGAAGACAUAUUUGGAAAAUAAAGCCCGAGAGCGUGCAAAAGAGGCCAGGAAAAAAUAUAAAAACACUAUGAGGAAAUUUGAGGAUACCAUAUUAGAUUUACAGCCAUUACCAGCACCAACACUAGUUGUAACCCCAGAUGGUCUUCCUAAUGAACUGUUUGGAGAUAUUGCCAUGGUGACAGACUUUAUAUCAUGCUAUGCUGGUCUCUUGAUGCCGGAUGAUGAGUACCCAAUCUACACAGAUUGUUUCAUGAAAGCAUUAGCAAGUGGUAAAGAUGGUUUCACAUACCUAUGUCGGACUCUCACAGUGUUGUUACAGACCUUGUUACAGGACCAGAUUGCUGAGGAUUAUGAAGAAUUGAAAGUACCGUUGUCAGAUAUCCCAGUUACACCAGGCUCGUGCUCGGAACUGGUGAGAUUGUGUUUAAGGAGGCAUGACAUGUCAGACAGCAAGAGUGAUACUAGUGAAAAUCUUGAUGAUGUUGAAGAAUGUGAAGUUCCUGAUGAGUUGUUACAACUGUUGGAAACACAAGAGUUCUAUGAACUGGAACCAAUUCAAAAACUGGCUAUAUUUAAAGGACUGUGUGAGAGGGUGAUGGGAACGUACUCUGUGCAGUAUUACAUGGAGGAAACACAACAAAAGUCCACUGAACUUUGGAAAGAAAAGUUUGCAAAGAUUAAGGCCAAGAAAGAAGAAGAGAAACAGAAAAAGGGAAGUGAGAAAGAUGGUGCUGAUGAUAAAAAGAAAGAAAAUGAGACCACAGACAAUAAAAAGAAAGAAAAACAUGAAAAAGAUGCCCCAAUCAACAAUAUGUUACUCACCCAGUUUUAUGGUAAAACAGAUGAAAAUGCCCAAAAUAAUAAAUCUCCUAGUUCAAACAGUGAAACUGUUACGGAAGAUGAUGAUGGGGAUUUAAUUACCACAAUAAAAAGACGGCGUUUGACAACUGCUCAAGCUCAGGAAGAAAGACGGAAGAAAGAAUUGGAAGACAAAAUAAGGAGACAACAGGAGGAGGAAGAAAGACAGAAGGAGCUAUUUGAGAAAAAUUUUAAUGAAGGCAUAGCCUUGGCUAAAUUAACACUGCGACAAACUCCAGUUGGCACAGAUAGGAAUCAUUCUAGAUACUGGAUCUUCUGUCAAACCACCCCAGGUGUCUAUGUUGAAAAAGGAUGGGCUGGUGAUGAGAUGGAAUACACAGUGAGGAAAGACAAUGAUGAUGAUGUAGAUAUGUCAAGCUCUUCAGACGAUGAAUCUGUGAUGGAGGAAGAUGCCGAGGGUACAUCGGGUCCAAAGAAGAAAACCAGGCACAUAAAGAUGGCAAAAUGUGUUGAUACUACAUUUCCUCAUGUUGGUCAAAAUCUUUGGUUUACAUACGACAAACUUUCAAAAAUCGAUGACUUGAUUGAGACACUUCACCCAAAAGGGGCCAGGGAGAGUGUGCUGCAGAGGGAGCUGAAGAAAAGAUCGGAUGAUGUUUACUCGGCUAUUCGCAGGUAUCAAAGGCAGAAUAGGAACCUGAGAGACUGUGAUGGUGAAAAGGAGAUGUUUAAAACAUUUAAAAAGGAAUUGUUAGAAAGUGAACUCCGACUGAGGACUGGUGGCCUAGGAGGUGUGGAUGACUUUGAUACAUGGAGUGUAAAAUUAGAAACUUCUGAAGAUGUAUCUACUAUGGCUGAUUGUUUAUUAGAGUCUCAAGCUAAUGUGUUAGAGAAGUUCCGUGAUGGAAUCAUGGUAAUAAAGAAAAAGAAGAAGGUGGAAAGUGAUGAUAUUAAAGAAGAGGAUGAGGAAGAAGAAGAGGUGAAAGUUGAAGCCCCUGGUAUUCAGCAGUGGAGAGAAGCUGUCAAAUCAAGCAAAACUAUGUCUCGAUUACACGUCCUGCUUGGUAUACUUGAAAACUGUGUUAAAUGGGAAAAAUCAGCAGCAAAUGCUAAAUGUAAGAUCUGUAGGAAAAAGGGAGAAGAAGAGAAGCUGUUGUUAUGUGAUGAUUGCAACCAGGCUUUCCAUAUAUACUGUCUACGACCAGCCUUACCAUGUGUCCCAAAAGGAGACUGGAAGUGUAUUGCUUGUGCACCGUUGGCAAGGAAACGAGUUAUUGACGUCCCUGGAAGAUAUCAUGAAGACUCAGAAGACGACGCGGAGAUUAAAGAAGCUAAAGCGAAAAGUAUAAAACACGAUGAGGCAUGUUUAGAAUGCGGUGGUGACGAGAGUUUAAUACUUUGUGCCGAGUGUCCUUCUGCAUAUCAUUUAGAAUGUCACGAUCCACCAUUACGACGCCCACCCAGGGGUCGAUGGCUGUGUAAUGACUGUAAGAAUGGCGUAAAGAGAAGAACUAGAAGAGGGGCUGUAACUCAAGAUGCAAGGAAACAAGGUCGUCCAGCAAGCAAGCGAAAACGUUACGUAGAAUCUAGCGAUGAGGAAUCGUCGGAUGACGAAUCGCAGGACAAUGAAGACAACGACGAUUAUGAUGGCGAAACUGAGGACGAGGAUUCGAAACCUCCACCAAAAAAAGCUGCUCGUACGUCAAAGGGUAGAGCUGGCAGACAAAGCAAAACUACAAAAAAUUCAAAACAAGAUUCACCAAAAAAUGAAACGAGCAAAUCAAGGAGUAGAAGAUCGGCCCCAUCACCAGAACCUGUCUAUGAAACAAGACCAAAAGUAUCGAGAAGGGCCCCAUCUGAAUUAUCACUCAUUGAAGACAUUAUCAACAAGAUGUUGGCUUUUAAAGCAGCGUGGCCGUUCUGGCAUAAUGUCAGUAAGAAAGAUGUGCCUGACUACUACAAUAUUAUAAAGCAACCCAUCAGCUUUCAGAAAAUUAAAGACAAAUUGAACUGUCUGGUGUACGGUUCACCACAGGAGGUUAUAGACGAUGUAGCUUUAGUAUUUAGAAAUGCUGUGGAAUACAAUAAGGUUGGAAGUGAGGUGUAUGACUGUAUAGACUUAUCAGAGAAAAAAAUUUUUUUGAUCUUAUGA